ACUGUCACGUCACUGUCAUUUCGACUUGUAGAGGUUAGGUUAUCCACCGACACGAAUUUAAAUGUGAGGUGUCCUAGAAUAAUACUCGCGAUCGAUACCACUUAUAUUGUUAGGUAAAUGUGUUAUAUAUAGCCAUUUAAAGGUUUUCUUUAAGCUAAUAACUAUGGCUACGUUCUCAAGAUUCCAUAAAUUGGCGCUUAUGAGUCUAGGCGCCCUAGGUGGUGGAUUAGCAUAUUACCAUUUAAACAAUAAUGAUGACGAGAAAAAAUUACGAGUCCACAACAACGCGUGGCCAAAGAAGAACUGUAACUGUCCUACUACGAAGUGGAACAAAAACUGGGAUUGCCGUGACCCAGAGAGUUUAGUCAAGCCACCGUGCCCUGGUAAUGCUCAGGAUGAGAAUCGGUAUAAUGAGGAAAUUGAAAAAGUACGGAGUACGGCAACCAGGCAUCUGAUACUUAUAAGACAUGGACAGUACAAUGUAAGUGGGGAAACGGACAAAGAAAGAGUGCUGACGGAAUUGGGCAGACGUCAAGCAGAACUAACAGGGGAGAGAUUAAAAAACCUAGAUAUCAAAUGGGACCUGCUGGUACGGUCGACAAUGACCCGAGCACAGGAGACAGCAGAGCUUAUAGCAAAGCACCUCCCCGAGGACUUGCUAGUGAAGAACUGCCAGCUGAUAGAAGAGGGGGCUCCGAUACAACCGGAACCGCCUGUCGCUCAUUGGCAACCAGAACUCAAACAGUUCUUCCAGGAUAGCGCUAGGAUCGAGGCGGGCUACCGGCGCUACUUCCACCGAGCUCCCCCGGACCAGGCCAAGGACACGUACACGUUGCUCGUGUGUCACGCCAACGUCAUACGCUUCUUUGUGUGCAAAGCCCUCCAGUUCCCCCCAGAGGCGUGGCUCCGUAUGUCCCUGAACCACGGGUCCAUAACGUGGAUAUCGAUCCUUCCAUCUGGCAACGUGGUUCUGCGCUGCAUGGGCGAGACGGGCCACAUGCCGCCACAGUGCGUCAGCGCACGGUAAAACAAGGAAUAUUGGGAGGAGGAAGAGGAGGUCGAAGAACAAGAAGACUAGUACCGUCUGAACGUAUUGUAAGUGCGCAAUGUACGGCCGAGGUAACUUAUACAGGGUUAAAAAGGCCACAUUGAAUCAAUUCAUCUUCAUCAUCAUUUUUUCACAGGGUCCGCUUACCUAACCUGAAGAUUUGAUAGGUCCUUUUUUACAGAAGCGACUGCCUGUCUGACCUUCCAACCCGCGAAGGGAAAACAAGCGCAAUAUAGGUUAGGUCACCUCCGUAAUGCAUUUCUCAGGAAUGUGGGUUUCCUCACGACGACGUUUCCCUUGUGUGCAUUUGAUUCAAUCUAUUCCCCUAAAAAGCAAUAUUGCUAUUUGACGUUUGUUGAGAUUGCCGCACAUACUUUUAUAUGCGGAAAUAUCAAAUUUCAAUAUUGCUUUUUUAGAUGGAAUUGCUUCAAUGCGGCCUUUUUAACCCUCCCAAUUCUGUGGUAUUUUUUUGGGGUAAAUUCAAAAAUUAUUUAAUAAAGCGAUCAGUGCCCUAACAUAAGUAAUCACUCUAAGACAUACAUACAUAAACUCACGCCUAUUUCCCACCGGGGUAAGCAGAGACUAAGAGUCCCCUAAGACACAAGAUCACUCUAAAAGUGCCGUAAUAAACUUGUAUACUUGAUAUCUUUUAGUUCUUUCUUUUCAACAAUCUGCUCACGUAAACACGCUGCAGAUUCAUCUGAAAUUCGUUUUUCAAUAUCUAUUUUCGCCCUAUAUAUAUCUACUCAGCCUGUAUCCACCCAUUACUAACUAUACUUAUGCUGUUUGAGGCCGGGUUUCCGCUGACGCGGAGAUGGGCGGAGAUGUCCGGAUUUGACCAAUCACAGCGUGCGAGAGAGCGAAUAACGAAGACGCUCUGUCACUCUCUCCCUCACGGUGAUUGGUCGAUUCCUGCACAUAUCCGCUCAUCUCCGCGUCAAUGGAAACACAGCCUAAUGAAACUAAUAGUUUUUGAUACUUAUCUACUACCUUAUUUAUACAUUGUUUUAAGAUUACGCGGUUAUUGUCAUAAUUAACACACGUUUAUUGGCACUGGCAACAGUGUCGAAAUAUCGGGAGUCUCAUAUACCUGAUUUGAACGCGGUAAGGACCCGUUAUUAUGUGUUUUAAUUACCUUAUUUAUGUUAGUGCACUGAUUGUACAUAGGCGAUACCAGGAGCGUACCGCGUUUUCUUAAGAUUGUUCGUUUAUUCCCUUCCCCGGUACGCUCUUAGUGCCUCUAAACUUACGACGUUAAUUCCUCGUAAUAAGUCUUACAAUACAGUAUAAGUCGUUACCGUAUAGCUUUACUACUGUUCAAUUAACAUUAAGUAGGUGACAAUAUUUUGAUGGACACGUUAUGUGAGCUUUAAAAAUAGAUAGGAACUCAAAGCCCCGGUUACUUAGUCCCGGUUACUACUUACUGAUGUAAGUACGUAGUCGUUACAUGAGUCAUGUCAGGGGCCUAUGGCGGGUCAGUAAUAACCCUGACACCAGGGUUGAUGGGGUUGGUAAUUCACCUCACAAUCCACACGAUAGAAGAAGACUCCAGCUAGAGUGGGAUUAGGACAGGAGGAUGAUGAACGUUCACAGUCACAUUGUAAUAUUGUCUGUUUUUUUUUUUACAGACGAGUUAUGUUUUCUUUAUGUUUUUUUUAUUUUGUGCUCGAAAUCGGUACAUUCUCUGCUAAGUAGUAAUUUAAUGUUACGUUCAAGAGAUCCGAGAUCUCGUCGUCUCCUUGCGAUCACUGCCUCGUACAGUUAGUGCCCUAACAUAAGCAAAUACUUGCCCUAAUAGAGCCCUAUUUUAGCUCAUUAUUAUCAUUAGUAAGAUGAUCCGUGCUUCGGAAGGCAAGUUAAGUCGUUGGUCCCAGUUACUACUUACUGAUGUAAGUAUACAUGAGCCAUGUCAGGGGCCUUUGGUGGCUCAAUAGUAACCCUGACACCAGACACGAAAAUCUGACACAAUAGAAGAUUAUCAUUAAUUUAAAAGCCACGCUCUUGUCGGUGUAGCAUUGUCCACUCUUGUCUAUCAAAGACCAAUUCCUUAUAAGACACGACGUUCGCCUCUUUAAUUUGUUCCAUGUAAGUUCGUUUUGGUCUUCUAUGAUCCCAUAAUAAUAUGAUGUUGUUAAUAUUAUAUUCGUCGUGUCUUAUUAAGUGUCCAAUCAUCUGGCCUCUCCUGUCCUCAAUGUCUCCUUUCCCUUACUCUUAUUAGGACUUCCUCAUUAGUAACCGUUUCAGUCCAACGUAUUCUUUCCAUCCUGCUCCAACACCACAUUUAAAACGCUUCGAGUUUCAGAACGCACGUUAAACCGUGGGUUCCGGUUACUACUUACUGAUGUAAGUAAGUAGUCGUUACAUGAGCCAUGUCAGGGGCUUUUGGCGGCUAAAUAGCAACCCAGACAUCAUAAGAAGAAAGACCGAUAGAAGAAAAAUGCUUUGAGUCUCUCUCUCUGUCUUUUUGUGUCAGUGUCCAAGUUUCACAUUCAUGUUUUUAGAGCUGCCAGACUAAUGUAAAGUCUUCUCUCUCAGAAUCGACGCCAUUAUGCUAGCUAUGCUUAUGUUAGUGCACAGACAGUACAUACAAUAGGGUAAGCGGCCAAAAAAUGAACAUGUAUUAUGUAGAUAAUAUGAAAUAUUUAACUUGUUAAAUACAUUUAUUGAAUAAAAGUACUGAUUUAAGCUUAAUGCACACGAAGUCGAGAAAGCGGGAAUACCAGGCCGGGGUUAUUUGCGGUUAUAUACAAAAUCCCGGGUCCCGGUACGCUUGUCCCGCUUUUCUGGUUCUGUACGCAGCAAACGUGAAAGUCUCUGGCACUGGUAUUACUACAAAUAGUCCUCGAUAUAACCAGUGACGUGCCGUUCCGGGGAAUGUUCCCAAAGUAGGAAUGUUACUUUUUAGUCAAAUCUGUUACUUUUUACUAAACAUCAGAAGAAUAAAUUAUAAUAGAAUUUUUAUAUAGUACUUAUGUUCCGUUUCUCUUGAUUAAAAAAAAACUUUUUUCAUUUAUUUUAAUCAACAGAAACGGAAGACUUUUGACCUGAUAAACUUCCUAAUAAAUGAGUGUAAAGUGUACCAGAGACAUCUAGCGUAUAAAUAUCGUACUGAAUUGUACAUAAUUGAAUGUAACAUCAUGUAUAAAAACCUAAGCUGUAAAUAUUUUGUAUUUGUAUGUUAAUAAAAACGCAUUUAUAAUAAUUAA